CCGUGCCAUGUCUUCGCCGCCCAUUGCGAUCGACGAGUUCUCUGUCUCGCCGCCAGUCGCAGCCUCAACACUCUCAGCACCCAAAUCACCGCCGCUAGCCUUUGCGCCAACCUCCAACGACGCUCUAGCACCACGAAGCGUCCUGCCUCAUACAGGUGACGGUGGUCUGCCGUCGACGACUUCCAACAUGGGCCGCCUGAGUCUCUCAGAAAGCCCGUUUGCGUUGCAGGCCAUCAUCGACAAACAGUCGGAGGCGCUCAGGCAGUUGCACAAAGGCUUCAAUGCAGAACGAGAGUCGUGGGACCUGGAGCGACAACGCUUCUUCGAGCGCAUACAUAGUCUGGAGCAGCUACUGAGGAAUGGCGAGCAUCAUAGUCCGGCGAAGUCGCCAGUCCUUACGCCUCCCGGUGCCAGUGAGCUCCAUUCGCCGCAACCACGAUCGAUGCAUCCAACGAUGAGCCUACCUACCAUCGUAGAAGACGAAAAUAUCCAGCCACUUGCUGCACGAAGAGAAGGUGCUCCUCACUCCAUAAUGCUACCACGUGAAGUCAACUCGCUUGGAGAUGAACCACACGACAGAACCACCUCUGCAGUCUCUUUCAUGAAUGCGGAAGGGCUGCGAGUCGAGGAAAUUCCAAAUCCGCCACGCUCGGCCGGCCUGUCUCCGCCUCCCCCAGUGAACCGUAUGCUUGCAGGACACACGCCGAUCAAGGCACCGAGAAGGCCCACGCCACCACCAGAGCGCAGUCUGUCUAUGGAUGGCAUUGAGGACACGCCCACCCGUUACAACACCCAAGUCAACGCAUAUUACUUGACAUUGAGUGACGAAGAAGAAGAUGUGCCAUUGAAGGGUCCUCUGAAUAUGCCGGAAUUGCCGCAUAAUCCUGGUGAGAGCAAUUUCACACUAGAAGCUUUCGCUCAGCGGCUCCAAGAAAUACACGACAAUCCCACUGAAGAGAAGAGCAAGCCAUUGGUCUAUGCGAAGCCCAGCCCUGGGCUGGCCUCACCCGCGGAUCGAUCAAACACGACCAUGAGCCCUUCACAGCGACACAGGAUCCUUCAAGAUCCACUAUCCCCCGCAAAUACUCGUGCUUUGGACUCGCAUGCAAUUCAGUCUCCGGACUCGAAUCUUGGCUCGACUCUCAGUCCUUCCAUGUCGAACACAAAAUCGCCAGACUUGGCAGGCGCACUCUCUCCCCAAGAACAGCACGAGGCCAAGAUCCAUCAAGAAUUCCAAGAGGGCGGAAUUCGGCUCAAGAAGAAAACUUCGACCAACUUUGGAGCUCCUUUCGGCUCCAUGGCGGCAUUUCCCAUGCGAAAAUUGUCGUAGGAAAAGACAUCAUCUACUGACCAAAUACAAGGAGGCAGUCGCGCAGUUUGCCGACGAUCCCGAUCCAUUCGUUACAAUUUACUACUUGUUAUGGAGAGACGCUUCCUAGUGAAGACUUCCUAGUGAAGGCAAAAGGCGCAAUCGGGGCACAGAGAGACAGCAUAGAUCAAGGCGCAGAUUGGAAAGCGGCGGGACCGCGAAAGGAAAGAUACCCUCACAGGCCAGAGAGCCUUGCGUUUACUUGAUAGAUAGAAUGAAGCGGCACUACAAGCGCUCAGGAAAAAGCAGCAAAACGAUAGUGCCGAAGAGUGCCUGACUGACUGUACAGAAACUUUCAGAUACAGCUCGAAUGAAUGUGCGCCCUCCUUAUCACUUCCUAAAGGGAAGAGGAAU